AUGACAGGGCAGCUCCUCUCCCCGCGGUCAAACGACCAUGGCUUGCUGCAGGGAUCCCCCUACCCGGAGCAGAUUGAGGAUAUUAGGGAACGAGAAUACCCAUCUCUGAGAGAAACAACCUAUCUUGACCAUGCGGGAACAACGCCAUACCCAGCAUCCCUCAUAGAUGCAUUUUCUCAAGAAAUGAAGACGAAUCUCUUCGGAAAUCCCCAUUCAGCAUCCUCAUCUUCACAGUUGUCCACACAACGAGUGGAUGAUGCUAGAUUGCGCGUUCUCCGCUUCUUCAACGCCUGCCCCCAUGAUUUCGAUGUUGUCUUCGUCGCAAACGCAACAGCUGGUAUCAAACUGGUUGCGGAUGCUCUUAGAGACUAUGAUGAGUGUGGGUUUUGGUACGGAUACCAUAGGGAUGCACAUACGAGUUUGGUUGGGGUCAGAGAACUGGCAGCGAGGGGACGGCGGUGCUUUGCGGAUGACGAGGAAGUUGAAGACUGGAUAUCUUGUCAUUCACCAAAUGCGCAAAGCCCUGUAUCCGUUCCUACUUUGUUCGCGUAUCCAGCUCAGUCGAAUAUGACAGGUCGUCGCCUACCUCUUGACUGGUGUCGCAAGCUGCGAGUGUGUAAUAUCUACUCUCUUUUGGAUGCGGCAUCUCUCGUCUCCACCUCGCCAUUAGAUCUUAGUGAUGCGGAUUCUGCCCCCGAUUUUACGGUUCUGAGUUUCUAUAAGAUCUUUGGAUUUCCGGAUCUCGGUGCUCUUAUCGUUCGCAAAAGCGCCCACAAUAUCUUUGAUAAGAGGAAGUACUUUGGAGGGGGCACCGUUGGUAUGGUUACCAGCCUUGAAGAUCAGUGGCAUGCGAAGAAAUCGACUUCCGUCCAUGAUCAACUCGAAGAUGGCACCCUCCCUUUCCACAGCAUUAUAGCUUUGCAUUCUGCUUUGGAUGUACACGAACGCCUUUACGGUUCCAUGGAGAAUAUUUCGCGCCACACAGGCUCGCUGACCAAAAUACUGUAUGAUAGCUUAGCUGCUAAAAGGCAUGCAAACGGAACCGUUGUUUGUGAGAUGUAUAAGCAUAAGGAUUCCAGUUUCGAUGAACGGACUACCCAGGGCCCCAUAGUUUCAUUCAACCUGAGGAAUAGCGAUGGCGAAUGGGUUGGGAAAUCGGAAGUUGAGAAGCUCGCGGCGGUGAAGAAUAUUCAAAUUCGGUCCGGGACGCUAUGUAAUCCAGGUGGAAUGGCAUACCACCUCGGCUUGAAGACUGAGGAAAUGAAACGGAAUUACAACGCUGGUCAACGUUGUGGAGAUGACAAUGACAUAAUCGAUGGCAAGCCAACUGGGGGCUUGAGGGUUAGUCUGGGAGCUAUGAGUUCCAUCCGCGAUGUUAAUCGAUUCCUCGACUUUAUUGAUGAGUUUUAUGUGGACAAAUCCAACGCAAACACCGUUCUCAGACCUCAGGGUGUUAUACAAUCCAAGAGAGGGCCCCAGCCUUCUAGCUUUUAUGUCGACAAGCUCUGCGUGUAUCCGAUCAAAAGUUGUGGAGCAUUUAUAGUCCCCGAUGGCAAGCAAUGGGAGGUCAAACAAGAAGGCCUCGCAUGGGAUAGAGAAUGGUGUCUAAUACACCAGGGCACGGGGGUGGCUCUCAACCAGAAAAGAUACCCUCGAAUGGCUCUCAUCCGCCCUGUGAUUGAUCUUGACAACGGCAUCCUACAAAUUUCACGUUGGAUGCCCGGCGCUGAUGAUAACCCCCUGAAGUUACCCUUAUCAGACCAAUAUGUCGACAUCUCAACAGCUGAACUCUGUGAAAAUUCCAUGAAAAAGUCUUCCACGGUGUGUGGUGAUAGAGUACCCGUACAAAUAUAUUCGUCACCAGUGGUUUCUGCAUUUUUUUCAGAGUUCCUUGGAGUCCCGUGCACGCUUGCCAGGUUUCCUGCAAAUUCAUCUCUCCGAUACUCGAAACACCAACAACGCUCCUAUCUCCCUGAAACCCCGUCACCGUUCCACAGUAUGCCGGGCGCUUUCCCUCAACCCAACCUUGCGUCCCAAGUACACAAAAAUCCCAUACGCCUGUCGAACGAAAGCCCCAUGCUGCUAGUAUCCCGGUCAAGUGUCAAUAAACUUAACGAAACUAUUAAGUCGUACGGAAAAUCCACAUCUAAGGGCACUAGAGCAGUUGCCGCUGAUGUAUUUCGAGCAAACAUUAUUGUCGCAGAAAAUCCCGCUCUGGCACCUAGCAGCAGGAAUGGAGACAGCAAUGGCUCUGCUACCGGGUCUAUAUGUACACCACCAACCUUGCUAACCGAACACCCAUAUGUCGAAGAUACAUGGAGAGGGUUCCGCGUGGGGCCCCACAAAUUCGACGUCCUGGGCUCGUGUCAACGGUGCCAGAUGGUUUGCGUAGACCAGUUCACGGCGGUCAGGAGCGAGGAACCGUUCACAACACUGGCUAAGACGAGGAAAGUUGACGGCAAGGUUACAUUCGGAAAACAUGUGUGCCUUUCGCAUGAUAAUUCGGAGGAUGGUGUAAACGGAAGAGGGAAGGUUAUGAUAAUGACUGGUCAGGUUGUUGAGCCGUUGUAUGAAGAAACGGUCUGAUAGAAAUUUUCUGAUUUUGAUUUUGAUUUUUACAUUUUCCCCCAGCGUCGAGUGUACAUUUGACUAAUAUGAAAGUAAUGUAUAUAAGUGAAGCUGUUUAUGUUGGAUAUCGUGGACAAGUUCCGCAGUAAUUUAUCUAUAUAUUUUGGUCUUUUUCC